AUGCGCACCGGCUCGUUCUGGAUCGCCGCCUUGGCGGCCGCUUCAUCGGUCGGCGCCGUUGAUGAAAAUGGCCGGCCACGGAUAUAUUUCCCCAGACAUGUCAAACGAUCCUACGUCAAUGCAACAAGCACACAGCCGAGCCCUCACCCGGCACCGCCAACGACUCUCGGUCCUCAGAGCACGACCCUUUUUCCGGCGUCGACCGAUUCCGACAGCGUGCUCACCACGUCCUUCACAGACAGCUCAAGCAGGGCGGAUAGCUCGAGCAGCGCAGACAGCUCGAAUGAUCCGGAUAGUUUUAGCAGCUCGAGUUCUCCGGGGACUACCAAGCGGCAGACAACGUCGGACAUUUUCUCCCUGGGACAGAGCUCUAUAUCGCUCGAAGCCAGCACUGACAGCGUGAGCUCGCACUCCUUAACCGGCUCUCGUAUUCCGGGCUCCUUCGUACGGUCGACCGAGAUCACGAAGUCUGGCAGCAGCGGCAUCAUUGUUGUUGUGGAAACCAGCACCGUUGUCGUGCCACCUACCACGUCCACCACAUCUACCAGCACCGGCCCAAGGAGCUCGUCUACCGCAACGACGACGGCGUCUACCAGUGGUACCUCGUCCAGCGCAGACGGCACUUUGGCAGCGACCAAGGCUACGACUGGUACAACUGAUUCGGCGUCAGAUGCGUCCACGGCGACGGGAUCGACAAGGGCGACCACAUCCAAGACUACCUCUGCUUCGACUGAUUCGGCGUCGGAUGCGUCCACAGCGGCGGCGUCGACAAAGACGACCACGGCUAAGACUGCUACGACGGGCUCGACAUCAGGUACGACUACAGCCAAGACUGGCCCGACUGUCUCGGCAUCGGACGCGUCGACGGCGUCAACGGUUAAGACUUCCGCAACGGAUUCGGCAUCAGAUGCUUCAUCGGCGGCGACGUCGGCGCAAACCGUGCUUAGCUCCUCGGGUAUUGUUGUCUACCCCGGCACUGCUGGCACGAAGACGACCUCCGCGGCGUCUUCCUCCGCAACCGACCCCCUGGCCGGGCUUACGUCUCUUCUGGGCAUCAGCGCCACUGUCAACGGGACGAUUGCUGACCCUCUGACGACGGCGGCGCCUUCAAGCGCUGCGGCAAGUGCGAUUGUGUCUGGCUCUGGUUAUUCGUCCUACCUUCCGACGACGGCGGCAACCGAGUCUGCAAAUGCCACUGGCGCAGCAAGCACUGUUGCUGCGACCACUGAUGCAGCCAGCAGCAGCAUCCCGUUGUCCGGGUACUCUGGCGCCGGCACUGGCACUGGUGCUUCCGCUCUUCCACCGACGGCGAUUGUGUCGGCCGUUUCGUCUUCUGUGCUUGCUUCCGUGUUGCCGACCGGCUCUCUGUCGCAGUCGGCAACCGGAACCGGUAUUCCGUUGAGCACGAACACUACGGCGAGCUCGGUCAUCCCGGCGUCUACGGGCACUGCGGUUUCGGUCGGGACGUCGUCUAGACUUACUGCAUCGCAGACUGCGAACGGCACCGAAUCCGUUGCGCCCACGACGUCUUCCGCCUCUCUGACUGCCUCCCCGGCGCCCAUCACGGUGCUGCCGACGGUGUCGACCAACAGCACAUCGGUAGCAGGCAAUACGACGAUCCCUAUCGUCGUGCCUAUCUCCACGUCUGCACCUGUGUCCGCAUCUGCAUUUGCAUCCGGGUCAGCAUCAGCAUCAGCAUCAGCAUCAGGAUUUGUAUCUGUAUCGGCUUCCGCGUCUGGGUCUGGGACUGCGCCUGCGUUUGUGACUUCGUCUGCGCCUGUGACUCUGUCCACACCUCCGGCGGUUGGAUCGACAACGGUGAUGGCAAGCGUGGGGUCCAGCGUUACGCCGGCUGCCCAGCCUCCCUCCAGCUCCCAGGCGGCAGCCGAGACGUGGCUGCCGACGACAAUCAUUGUGCAGCCGUCACCGACGUUCCAGAGCUCGAUGAGCGCGACGACUACGGCAACGGGCAUCCCGACUGGGCUUCCCAAAGCCAUCACGCCAAACACAGACAGCGGCUCGAAGCCGGUGGACACGACAGAGAUCCAAAUUGCGUUCACGUACGGCCUGAACUAUGCGUUCGUGGCCGUGACGCCCAAGGCCGCAGCUCAGGUUCUCUCGGUCCUGCCGGGGAUCCUGUCGUACCAGGCCGGCUUCGACCAGAACAUGACGGUUGUGCAGCGCCUGGUUCCGUACGACACGACGGAACAGCUGGGCUACGUGACGAUGCUUGCCAUCUGCACGUACCCGACGAGCCUGGUGAACCAGCUGCGCCUGGACAUGCACAUUCCCACGGCGCCGAUCUGGCAGAACCCUGACGGACUGGCGUACAACAUGUCGCAGGAGAUCAACACGGCCAUCGACAUCCUGAUGGGCUCGACGCUGGACUACACACCGAGCGACACGACGGGCAGCUCGACGGCGUCGUCGACGUCCAACUCGAACGACGCAUUCGGCAAUGCUAACGGCAACAGCCAGUCGUCAUCGCAGCGGGGCACAACGGCCGGCAUUGCUGUGGGCGCGGUGUUUGUGUCGGCUGCGUACGGAACGGCCAUGUUUGUGAUUGCACGGCGGUACAAGCGCAAGAGGCAGUCGCUGCACCAGCGCAGCAGCUCUGUGGGAACGCCCUCGGAUAUGCGACAGACGGGCAGCCCUGCCCUGAUGGGCGGCGCGCUUCUGAGCCGGGACUUCACGUCGACAUAUGGCGGCGUGGCAGGCGCAGCAGCAGGCACAGCAGCAGGCGGCCGUAACAGCCACGGAAGUGGACGAAGCAACAUGAACAACUCUGCACGCACGGCUUACAUCUCGGCGCCGGUGGCGGCGGAGAACUCGCUCGGCUGGAACUAG